GCCGGGGCCGGGAUCGCGGCCGGGCCGGGCCGGGCCGAGCCGGGCACGGCGAUGGGAGCCCACGGGAGCCCGAGCGGGGACCGCGACGGCCGGCGCCGCCCCGCCGCCGAGGCCACCGCCCGCUAGCGAGGCGCCAGGCCCCAGGCGGGCCCGCAGAGCUGACAUGGAGGAGCUGAUAGAGGAUGACAUCUGCAUUUUGAACCAUGAGAAAGCAGACAACAGUCAUAAGAGAGACGGGGAGAUUCCUGUUUCAGUUUACAGUGGAGAUGAGUCUGUUGCUUCCCACUUUGCCCUUGUCACCGCAUAUGAAGAUAUCAAGAAGCGGCUAAAGGAGACAGAGAAGGAGAACUCCGUUUUAAAGAAAAGAGUGAGAAUUUUAGAGGAGAAGCUGCUUGGCUCCCGACUGGAGGAGGAGCGCAGUUCAGUUGGCCGCGAACAAGUAAAUAAGGCGUACCAAGCCUAUCGGGAGGCCUGCAUUGACCGAGAUAAUCUGAAAAGCAAACUGGAUAAAAUAAAAAAAGAAACUGCAGAAUCCUUGAAAGCCUUGAAUGAACAGUUGCAGUCUAAGGAAGUAGAGCUCUUGCAACUAAAAACAGAAGUGGAAACUCAGCAAGUUAUGAGAAAUCUGAAUUGUAAUCAGUCCAACUGGGAAAUAGAGAAGCUGAACAGUGACCUGAAAGUGCAUAGUCUGGAACAGGAUCUAGAAAACCUCAAGCAAGAGUGCAGUAGUCUCAGAAAGGAAUUGCAAAAAUAUAAGCAGAAGGACCAGGCUCAAGAUGGAAAGCCAGUAAAUGGAGACCACCCCCAAAGGCAAGACAUUCAGAGUGUGCAACAAGCAUAUUGGGAUCUGAAGAGAGAAAUGUCUAAUUUGCAGCUAGUGACUGAAGUGCAAGCUGAGGUUCUACGAAAACUGAAAACAAGCUCAACACCGACCAAGAAAGCUGCCUCUUCUGCACCAGUACAAUGUGUUGACUUGAAGAAUGUUCCGAAGUUGAACUUGACAUCUGGGGUGGUCUAUAAAAAACUCUCCCAAAAUGAUCAAGUACUGUGCAAUGCUGUACCUCCCCCUCUGCUGAGAGAUGGGAAAAGCCCAUCUGAAAGAGUGACUCUGCAAGCAUGGACAGAUGAGAGACCCAUUCCAGUUGAUGGUAAAACGUUCCAGGAACACCAUUCGUAUGGAAAGAGUUCUCUGGAAGAUAAUUCCUGGGUAUUCCCAAGUCCUCCGAAACCUAAUGAGAAUGUGUUUUGGGAAAUGAAAAAUAAAACAACUUUGUUAAACUGUCCAGCAGAUUACUUGGAUCAGUGUAAUCAGAACUGUCUGCACAAGAGCUAAGCAAUUUUUAGAAUGAACUGAAGCGUUUUAGAAUGAUUCUGAAUAGGCACCUUACUGCUUGAACUCUUAAAGAGGUAAACAAAUGGGUUGAAAUGUAUUUUGUUUUUGUUUUCAAUUCUAUUUCCAAAACAGAAAGCCUAGUCUUCCUCUGCUGUACAUCAGGAGAAGUUAAAGCUGCGAUAGCGUACUGUGAACGAAUCUAGCACGGGGCCUAGAUAGUCUUGUCUUGCAAAUGGCACACAUUUCCAAAAGAUUACAGUGAGAAGUUAGUUCUUGGAAUAAAACAAAAUAAUCCAGUUCUGUAUCUGUUUGCUAUUUGUAUGUUAUCAAGCACUUGGUGUCAUGUUAAAACUUGUUACAGCUCUGAGCUUAGUUUUGACAGCAUUGUUUUCUCAGAUUAAGGCAUAAAAUGAAGAUUGAAUUCUCUCUUCCUCUCUCCUUACAAAUAACUUUGAUUCCUCUGGUUUAGAAAUGCAUUUUUAUAUGAUUUUUUUAUAAGAAGGGUGAGAUUUUUGUCAAAAUUUUGAUUUAUAUUAGAUAAUGGCAAGGGAGAAAUCACUCCUACGCUAUCCUGUUUAGAUUGCACCAUUUUGGGCCUUACUGUGGAUUAAAAAGGAUCAUAAGUAAUGCUGCUGAACACAGUGAAUCGUAGAUGUUCAGCCCGUUUCCCUCGGUUUAUGCUGUAGGAAAGGGGCUUCCUUCUACGCACAGCGGUGCCUGCCGCAGAAUCGUCCUUCUCGCAGUGCAGUUAUCCUUACUGUGCCUCCUUUGCACAUCACCAGAACCUUGACUUUUUAUUUGUGUGGUUGUUCAGGCUACUAACUUUUCUUUUAUUAAAGAAACAAAGCCUUAAUUUAAUUGGACUGGGUGUUGAUACACAGAAGAAUUUUGGUGGUAUCUUUAGUGCUCCAUUGAGAGCUGAAGUUACUCAGAUUUGCAGAUGAUGGGUGUCCGAGUACUACUUGACCUUUUUUUCUCCUCUUAAGGCCAAGAACUGUUUUUAGACAAAUACAAUUAUGCCUAGUUUUUUUUAAAUCUGCUCUGCUUCUUAUCUGGCUUAAUACAACAGGGUUAAGUGAAAUGCCUCGACUGCUCAAUACUUGGAAGGAAAAUGCGUUGUAUUUUAGAUCCAUGAUACUUGUAACGGGUGGGAAGGUAUUUAAUACUAAAAAUGUUAUGUACAGAUGUGUGUGGGGCUGAAGUAUUCAACGUCGCAGGUCCUGCUGGAGAUCAGUGUAAUAAAAAAUUAAUUUCACA